CUUACACACUUCUUAAACAUUUUAAACUUUACUGAAUAACAGAUUAUUUUUAUUUUUUUACUGCAAAAGGGAACCAUAACCAAAAUUCUUGCUAGAUUUUAAUAUACUUACACAUUCUUCUUUCUUGCUGAAAAAUCAACAGCCUUUCAGAAAUCAGAAUAAUACAAAACUUUUUCAGGAUCAUAAUAACAUGCUUAAUUGAUUAGAAAAAAAGGAUAAAUCCCGUCAGAUAUGGUCCACUCACGGGGAUGGAAUCUGCAUAUUGUCGAUGCUCCCAAAAAUACUAUUUUUUUCUUUUUCUGGUGAAACACACACACAAGUUCCGUCUUCGCCACAACAACACAAUCUUCAAAGGUUUCUCCUUUUUGUUGUCUUCUGCUUCAUCACUUUGUGUUCGUCGUUCAAAAAAACUUCUUUGAUUUCAAACCACUCAAAUUCAUCUUUAUAAUCCACUUCCUCUGUUUUCUCGUUAGCUCUGUUUCCUUUGAGAUUCAUUGGUUUGGUUCACUAAAACCGAAGAAGACCCGGAUAAUUUUCUAGACCGGAAAUGCCACCGCCGAUAUUUCCUCUCCGGUGGGAAAGUACCGGAGACCAGUGGUGGUACGCUUCACCAAUCGAUUGCGCCGCCGCAAAUGGUUUAUACGACGUCGUCAUCGAGCUGCUUCAUCAAGAUACAAACCUUCUCGUAAAACUCACCUCCCUCCGCCGUAUCCGCCGCCUCGAAACCGUCUGGGACGACGGAGACGGAAAUAACUUCCAUGUGGCUCUAAACCGCUCCCGCGUCGCGAGAAGGCUAUUGGAAGAGUGCGAAAUCGGAAACGGAGACAAUUCCCUCAUCAGAGCUGGCUACGGUGGCUGGCUGCUGUACACAGCCGCUUCAGCUGGAGAUUUAGAAUUCGUUAAAAAGCUUUUAGAGAGAGAUCCGCUUCUCGUGUUCGGAGAAGGAGAGUACGGCGUCACUGAUAUCCUCUACGCGGCGGCACGAGGACGAAGCGACGACGUUUUCCGUCUUCUCCUCGAUUUCGCGUUGUUACCGGCUGAUAUCGCCGGCGUCGAAGAAAUCGACGGCGAAAAAUUAACAGAGAAACAGUUAAUAGUCAAAGAAGAGAUGGUUAAAAGAGGGGUCCACAGUGCGGCGAGAGGCGGACACGUGGCAAUCCUCGAUGAACUCUUACUCGCUAACAAAUACGACGCCGUUGCAAAACUCAGAGAUGCUUAUGGUUCUACUCUGUUACACUCUGCUUCUAGCAGAGCUCAAAUCCAAGUGGUGAAGUAUCUUAUAUCGAAGUAUGAUUCAAUCAUGGAGGUUAAAGACAGCCAUGGAAACACAGCGUUGCAUAUAGCAGCUUACAAGGGUCAUUUAGAUGUAGUGGAAGCUCUUAUAAACGAAUCUCCACCGUUGAUUUCCAUUGUUAAUGGAGAUGGUGACACGUUUCUUCACACGGUCGUGUCUGGUUUUGCUGCGUCUGGGUUUAAGCGGUUAGAUCGGCAGAUGGAGCUUUUGAAGAUGUUAGUCUCAAGAAGCUGGUCCGUUGACUUUUCUGAGAUUGUCAACGUUAGAAAUUGUAACGGAAGAACUGUGAUUCAUUUAGCUGUGAUGGAUAAUCUUAACGCCGUUAGACCUGACGUCGUUGAGAUUCUGAUGAGAAUCCCUGGCGUUGAUCUUAACGUCGUUGAUUCUUAUGGAAUGACAGCCGUUGAUUUGCUUAAACGACAAACGCCUCAAACGGUGGUUUCUGAUUUGUUGAUCAAACGGCUUGUAUCCGCCGGUGGAAGAUCAAACUGCGGUGAGAAAGUUUCGCGGUUGAGAGAAGAGCGUUAUGGAUUCUGCGGUAGUCCAGGAACGUCGUUUGAGAUAUCUGAUUCUGAGAUCUUUCUAUUUACGGCGGCGAGAACAGAUAAAACCGCUGCAAACGCUGAAUUAAGUCCAGACAGAGAGAGUUUUGAUGGAAUUAGUGAGUGUUCAACUGAAAUUUCGACGCAUUCGAAACGCAAACGCCGCGGUGGCGGCGGUACAGGAGCGCGUCUUAAGCUUCUUUUACGGUGGGCGAAGAGGGAAGAAUCAGAAGAAAAUCGUCGUUUAUCCGGAGAUGUUAACAACCGUCGUGUUCCUCUCAGAGAGAUGUAUUCUCCGUCGUCUUGUAGCAGAGGAAAAGCGUUUCCGAUGAGAACAGAGAGUGGUGAUCUUCCGAGUUUAUCGGUGAGACUUAAAUUCACACAAGGGUUAAUGAAAGGAGUGGUGGUUCAGGAAUCUCCGAGGUUCGUGUUUUCUCCUCCGGCUGUAUCCGAUUACUCUCGAGCUCCGUCGUCGGCUUGUUCGACGCCGUUUCAGACGUUUUCUUCGGAAUUAGGGCGAAGAACACCUGCCAUGAAGAAACAGGGAUCAUUUAUGAACAGAUACUUGUGUUUUGGUGGUAAAGGACUAGCCAUUGAUGGUUCUUCUGAGAUGAUCAGUAAUGGCUCUGGUCAUCGUCCCCAGAGUUUCAAACGAGUGAUGUCGUCUUUGGUUUCUUCUUGAAAUACAUAAUUUUCUUUUGUCACACGUAACCUAACCCUCAUGGGUUACAUUAACUUCAUAUAAACGUAAGAAAAGUGAACUAAAAAUUGAUCAUUGGUUUUUAUUGAAGUGUGGAAAUAUUAUUUACGUUUUUUGUUAUUGGGAUAACUAGUAAAUCUAAAUCCAGUUAGUUUCCUUUUCCCUAUCCAGGUUUAGACCAAAAUCUAUUUCGCAUGUAAUAGACAAAAACAAUUUCGUAUGUAAUCAGUAGUAGUAAAUUAUCUAAAUCCAUGUAUUUUCAAUACUUACAUACUUUAGAUUCUUGUUCAAA